AUGAGUGGACUUACAGCUUUUUUACAAACCGAGCUUUUAACUUUAUCGAGUGAAGCUAAGCGAAAGCAUCCCGAGAUUAAAGAGGCUGCUGAAAGAUUAAGUGUCAUCUUGAGAAGUUUCAAGGAAAGACCCGGUUACAAUAUAGCCAAUGAGUUAUCGAAAACGGAAGAUGCUUUACGUCCAUUCGUAUUAGCCUGUGAAACGAAACAUGUCAAACUAAUAACUAUAUCUAUUGGAUGCUUACAGAAGCUCAUUUCAUUCCAUGCCAUUCCGGAGACAUCAAUUAGAACCGUACUGAGAAGUUUGACUGAUAUAAGCGCCCAAGGUGUCGAUAUACAGCUAAAGAUAAUGCAAACGGUUUUACCACUGCUAAGCAAUUAUAAAAAUGUUCAUGAUGAUAUUCUAGCCGAGGCACUUUUAAUUUGUUUUCGAUUACAAGACUCAAAAGUAGCAGUGGUCAAUAAUACGGCAGCAGCAACCCUUCGUCAAUUAGUUAUUUUUGUAUUUGAUAAAGUAGCUAAUGAAGAUACACAAGGUAGUAAGGAUUCUUCAGAGGGAAUGGAAACAGUAGAAAUUAGUUCAGGGGAGAAAAUCAAUUUAAUGCCAUGUGCGAAGGAUGCCUAUUACCUGUUUCAGGAUCUUUGCUUAUUAACAAAUGGUGAUAACCCUCAGUUUCUCCGUUUGUCGCACCUACCGAAAACGUUUGGACUCGAAUUGAUUGAAAGCAUUUUAACAAACCACCACAAAAUCUUUAAAGAGCAUGAGGAAUUGAAUUCAUUGCUAAAAGGCUUAGUUUGCCCAAUGUUUAUCAAAAACUUUUCAGAAAAGAACGACUUUCCGCUUACAAUGCGGCUAACGCGAGUUGUACUUAUACUUAUCAAGAAAUUUAAUGAUAUACUUGUUAUGGAAUGCGAAAUUUUCUUGUCGAUGUUUGUGAAGAUCUUGGAACCUGAAAAUCCUUUAUGGCUGAGAAUAUUAGCUAUGGAAGUGUUUAGGAAUGUAUGCAGCAAUUCUUCGUUGAUAAAAUCUAUAUACAAAUGGUAUGAUAAGCAAAACAGCUCUACAAAUGUUUUCCGGGAUAUGAUCACAGGAUUUGGGAGGUUAGCGACAGAAAAACCGCAAAUCAUCGGUGCUACUCAAGGAGGCAGAGACAGUUUCGACAGCGGCUCAGGGCAUACAACCGUACAACACUCUUUUCACUCCAAUCAGCAUACUGCAUCCUCAACGGAAACCUUGAGUGUAACUGGAUCUACCAUGCGGAUUCAAUGUAUUGAUCAAUUAGACAAAUCUGAGCCACCAUCAAUACCCGGUACAUAUAUGUUUUAUCUUGCCCUCAUUUGUUUGAACUCAAUUGCAGAUGGGUUGGCAGCGUUUGCUUUGCCUAGGUUUUCCCCUGAAUCUGAUAAGUUGACUGCAGAGAAAAAGAGCACAAUUAAAGACGACGAAAAGGAUGAAGAGACAAUAUUAGUUAAGGAUAUGGCAAAUGUUGCCUGGCCAGGCUUGUUAGCGGCGAUGUCUUUUUAUUUAUCGGCAAAUUUAGAUGAGGAAUUAUUUCAAAGCACUAUGCGAUCGUAUCAGAAUUUCACAAAUGUCUGUGGUGUACUAGGUCUUGUUACCCCUCGUGAUGCUUUUUUAACAAACCUCUGUAAAAACUCAAUACCCAUAACACCAAUAUUAUCAUCUGGAUUUAUAACUUCUUCACUAAGUACUACUGGUUCCUCUACAAAACUGAACAGUAAUAUGAGCAGCACAAGUGUCGGUACCAUUUCUUCUUUGAAUUCAUCAAUGAAUACAGCUGCUAUAUCUUUUUCGGAAUUGCCAAUUCAGCAGCAACAAGCCAUAGCGAAUAUUUCUCUACAUGAGAAAAACCUAUACAGUCUUCGAGUUUUGCUGAAUGUAGCAAUGUUCUUGAGCAACAUGCUGGAAUCGUCAUGGUAUCUUGUUCUUGAAACUCUACAGCUGGCGGAUUUUCUUCUGUUCAACCGACCUAUACCCAAGGGCACAUCAACUGCUGGCACAGGAGCAUUGAUUUCAUCUUCAGCCUCUAAUCACAAAUUUAACGUUGCAGGAGCCAAUCCUAAUAGCAAUUUUAUUCAAGCUGUAACGAGUCCUGUUGACAACCAAUUGAUGGAUGCUGAUCACCUCACUAUCAUCCAUACUUCUUUCCAAAGACUCUUCGAUAACAGUAAAUAUUUGACUGAUGAAUCUUUUGUCGCAUUUGCUGCCGCAUUAUGCCGACUAAAUUCAGAAAUAACUGACACAGCUUUCAUGGGUUACGACACCAUGCCUAGCAGUAAAUCGUCGAAAGUUAAAUUAUUCAAUAAUAGAUCGUUUGCAAUAGAUAAGUUGGAAUAUAUAGUAACUCUAGACAUGAACAGAGUUGUCAAUACUGAAAAAGAAACAUCGACUGAGGUUUGGGAUUUGAUCAUGUCGCAUUUAGUUGCUACAGCAAAUAAUCCAACCACACCGGUAACCAUUCAUUCUCAAUGCUGCCAGACAAUUUCCAAUAUUGUUACAAAUGCCAUGAAUUAUGUUCUUACAGAAUACAACACAGUUAACGAGACAAUACAGACUAGACUGUUAUCAGUUCUUUGCCAAUGUAUUAUUCAUAAAGCUUCCACAACAGACGAAAUCGCACCGCAAGAUACUACAAACGGUAGUAGUUCGAGAGGCUUGGUAGAAGUGCAGAGAAUGGGAUUGGAGACAUUGAACAAUUUAUUACAAACAUCUGGCCACUCUUUCACUUGCGGUUGGGGACAAAUUUUUAAUAUGCUGCGGCAUAUAGCUAUCUGUUCUAUCAAUUACCCACCAGACACAAUCUACACUAAUGAUGGUAAUGAUGAGAUGACAGAAAAAGACGAGGACCUACAGCAUGAAGAAGGAGCCACUGAAAAGAUAGAAGGAAGAGCUGAUCGUGUCAGUAUUGAUACAACUUCUUCGUCCAUCAGAACACCCAGUAUUCUAACAACAUCCGGAGGAGGGCACAAAAACAUUACAGGCUUAGUCAAAGUUGCAUUUCCCAGCUUACAACUCAUCUGUACAGAUUUUCUUUCAUUACUAUCACCUGACUGUCUUCGUCAAUGUAUUGCCACUUUAGGAUCAUUCUGUAUGCAAGGAGAUGAUUUGAAUAUUAGCUUGACAGCUGUUGGGUUAUUGUGGAACCUGUCAGAUUUCAUUCAAACAAAACUGGGUGAGGUCAAGAAGAAUCUCGGUGAUGCAUACACUGCAACAAAAAUCAUUAAAGACGCAAUCAAUAUUGAUGCUCCCCUUGCUAAUGAAAAGGAUGAUGAUCCGGAAACUUACAAUAUUUUAUGGAUGCUAUUACUGCUACAGCUGUCACAUACAUGCAUUGAUUGGAGACCCGAAGUAAGGAACGGCGCCAACCAAACGUUAUUCAGAACUAUUACAAUGAAUGGUCACAUUCUGGGUCCUAUCCUUUGGCAUGCUUGUUUAUGGGAGGUUCUCUUUCCACUAUUGGAUUCAAUCAAAAUGUCUUCUAUUCGUGCGUCGAAAACUUCACUGAAUAAAUCAGCCUCUCCUACAGCCAAUGGAGAACGAGAUACUUCAGGUUUCAUGCUUCACCACUCAAGAGACACAGCUGAUAAACAGUGGGACGAGACGAAAGUUUUAAUAUUAACGGGUAUUGCUAAUAUCUUUCACGAUUUUCUCAGCGAGCUAUGUAACUUGAAGCAUUUUUCACGUGCAUUCACUUUACUACUAGCUCAUUUGGAGGACUCUUGUCUUCGUUCCAGUCAAGAAGUUUCACUUGCAAGUAUAAAAAGCUUCAAAAUCAUUGUAACUGUCACAGGAGAAAACGCUGAGUGCGUCAAAUCCUUAGACUUAUGGACGCGUGCAUGGGACACUUGGGAGGCUAUCGGUUUCGGUAUAAGCCAAUCCAUGGGCAGCUCAGCUUCAUUAGAAAUACCAAAUAAGAAUAUAGCAGCGUCCUUUUUUGACAGUGAGAUGGAUUUUCAAGCGCUUACAUUAUCUCUAUCCACUUCUAGCGCAGCACCUAUCUCCAAUAGUUUCACUCAAGAAGCCUUAACAUCUUUUGUUUCAAUGUUCAACGAUCUCUAUUGCUUGAUUUCCUCAACUUUCACUUUAGAUAACGUUUGCUCCGUGCUCAGCAUCUUACGUAAUGUUAUUGUUUAUUCCACUAGCCCUCAGUACCGACCUGAUAUAGAUCACCUUUCCCCAUUACAAGACGCAGUUUUGGGAGCAGUUCAAAUUCUCGAUAUGAAUGCUGAAGGUGUGGCGCCUUUAGUUCUCACAGAUCUGGCUGAAUAUAUGACAUUAUCAUUCUUAAGUCCUCCAGAAAACAACGAAAAUAAGAAGCGCGGUUAUAUUCCUCCUAGUCAACGUAAAUUUUCCACAGUAACAUAUAUCGCUCUCAACAAAAGGUGCAAUCUUUUGAUAGCUGAUCUGUUCCGCAAGCAUGCAAAAAAUCUAGCAAUUUAUACCGAAGGUGUAUUCGAGCGUAUUAUUGGUGCCUACGGCUUACCUAUGAAAUUGAAGUAUGACUGUCCUCCUUCUUACAAGCAUGGCGACGAUAAAACGCCAUUGUGGAAGCUUGCUACAGAGGGCUUAUUAUCCAUAUUGAAGCCAGGGUUAGAGACUUUAGAGUGUUACGAAGAUGUUGUUUCGGAGGGGAGAUUCUGCGGUGUAUGGCGUACACUUGUUGAUAUAAUAGAAGGAAGUUUAUUGUCGCCUAGUUCAGCACCAGAAAGCAUGUCGUUGGAAGAAUUGGAUAUUGAUGAACAUUUUGAUAUCAGUCUCUUGAAUUUUGUUCAAAACGAAAUUGUUGUCCAUAUGGGGCAACCCAAAGUUCCCGUAGAUGUAAUUGAGAAAUUAGUGAACGUAAUUUGUGAAAGUGCAAGACUUUAUUAUGUGGACGAAACAACCGCAGAAGAAUCAAUGUCAUCUUUGAAUCGUACAGAUUUUACUCACCAACAGCUUGAUGAUAAAGAAGUAGAAGGCUCAACAACGAGUCAAGACAAGCAAAGAUUUAUUUAUAGUAAUCGCUCAAGUGAUAUAAUAGGUACAACGGGUAUUGUUGUACCUGUCUUGAAAGAAUCAUUCGCUUAUGCGUCAUUUAUGACGUUAUUUGGUUUAUGUUCAUCUGAAAAGCAAGAUCAUCUCGAGGUUCGUAAACGAAUAGCUAAAGUGACACUUCCAGUGUUGCUCAAGAAGAGCGAAAACAUUCUACGUAACUAUAUUGUAGAUGAACCAUUGUUAGGAAGAUGUCCUUUUCCAAGAGUGCGCAAAGAGGAACUGCUGUUUCUGCUGAAGCAAUGUAUCAUGCUCAAGCUACAGGAGAAUAUAUUCACACUUGAACAAAAUGAAACUGAAAAUACAAUGAAACAAAUGCUACUAUCAGGCCCUAGAGCCCAUUUAUUUUAUUUGUAUCCUUCCCUAAUUAAUAUGAUCACUUUUUUGAUUCAAGCCCCUCAUUAUAUUAUUACCAUAUUUAAGCAAUACAUGUAA